AUGAGCAAAACAGGAUUGAUUAUAGAUGAGUAGUAGUAAUUCUCUUCUGAAAGUUCUGAAAGAAAGGUUUCUACAAGAAAAAACAGACCAAUUUACACUUAAACAAUUAGUGUAAAACGAUACCAUAAAAUACCUCUUAGAACUUAGUAAAUACUUUUCGAAUAGGUAUUUAAAAAUGGGAAAAAGAUUAAACAAGUAUUUAUAUUUUUGAAUUAAAGGCUGCAAAGGAAUUGAAAAUGAAUUACUCAAGUGCUAAGUCAUUGAUUCAUUACUAUAAAACUGAAAAGAGGCCAGUACCAGAUUAAGUUAAAAAGUUGAUCGGUUAGAAGAAAUAAGCAUCAUUUUGCUAAAUUGAGUAAAAAAAUAUAGAUGGUGCAAAACUUUUUGUAGAAAUAUAAGUCAAUCAUCAAAUAAUUAACUCUUACAACUACUUUCAAAAACUCCAUAAUGAAGUCAAAGAAGAAACAAUUUGA